UUUCUUCUUUCUUCCAACGUCUACUUAUAUCGGCCAAAUCGCCCACCCUUACAAGGCUCUUUUUUUCCUUGCUACACGCGUUCUAAGAAAAUGGCUGUUGUCGGCGUCGACUUUGGCACGCUUGCCUCGAAAAUUGGUGUCGCAAGGCAUCGAGGCAUCGAUAUUAUCACCAACGAAGUCUCUAACCGCGCAACACCUUCUCUGGUGGCGUUUGGCCCAAAACAACGUUCGAUCGGCGAAUCGGCAAAGACACAGGAAACCUCUAAUUUCAAGAACACCAUCGGCUCUCUGAAGCGGCUCAUCGGUCGCACGGUCAACGAUCCAGAUGUUCAGCAGAUCGAGAAAAAGUUCUUGAACGCAAGCCUUGUGGAUGUUCAAGGCAGCGUUGGGGUCGAGGUCAGUUAUGUGGGCGAACGACAAAGUUUCUCUGCCACUCAACUGGUUGGAAUGUACCUUGGAAAACUGCGUGACAUUGCCUCUGCUGAACUGAAAGUUGGCGUGACGGACAUUGUUAUCGCUGUUCCGGGAUGGUAUUCAGAAGUCCAGCGUAGAGCUCUCCUCGACGCUGCAACUGUUGCUGGACUCAAUCCUCUACGCCUUAUCAACGAUACCACGGCGGUUGCGCUUGGUUAUGGCAUCACCAAAUCCGACCUGCCAGAAGCAGAGAAUCCUCGGCACGUUGUGUUCGUCGACGUUGGUCACUCAAGCCUUUCUGUGGCUGUCGUCGCAUUCUCAAAAGGUCAACUGGUCGUUAAAAGUACCGCAUACGAUCGUCAUCUUGGUGGCCGUGACAUCGAUUUCGCGUUGGUCAACCACUUCGCAAACGAAUUCAAGGAGAAAUAUAAAAUCGAUGUCCUCUCCAACCCUAAAGCCACUUUUCGGUUGGCAGCAGGUUGCGAGAAACUGAAAAAGGUCUUGUCUGCGAACGCUGACGCCCCCAUAAACGUCGAGUCCAUCAUGAACGAUAUCGACGCUGCAUCCAAACUUUCUCGGGAAAGUCUGGAAGAGCUGGUCGCACCGGUCCUCGACCGUAUCACGGCCCCCCUCAAACGCGCUCUUGCCGAUUCUGGACUCUCAUUGGACGAAAUUGACGCUAUUGAACUCGUUGGCGGUUCGACUCGUGUCCCUGCCGUUCGUGCCAAGAUCCAGGAAGUUUUCGCUGGCAAAGUGUUGUCUACGACCCUCAAUCAAGAUGAAGCCGUAGCUCGAGGUGCCACUUUCUGCUGCGCCAUGCUAUCUCCCGUAUUCCGAGUGCGGGAGUUCCAUAUGCAAGACAUCACCCAUUACCCAGUCAAGGUUCAAUGGGUUUCUUCCCCCUCCGAUCCAGAAGAAGACACAGAGCUCACUGUCUUCCAACCUGGUGACAAAGUUCCAUCAACUAAAGCGUUGACUUUUUACCGACGCGAGCCUUUCGACAUAGAGGCCGUUUAUGCCGACCCUGCUGGGCUUCCUGGCGCUACCAACCCCUGGAUUGGUCGAAUUACUGUCAAAGAGGUCCCAGCUGAAGCCAAUGGUGACUCGACCUGUGUUCGCGUCAAAACGAGGGUUAACCAGCAUGGGGUGGUUUCUUUCGAGUCUGCAUAUGUCGAGGAGAGUAUCGAAGAAGAGGCUGCGCCAAUGGAUGUGGAUGCUGGUGGGGAGCCUGCCGCGCCAGUCGCGAAAAAGAGGAGGAUUAAGAAGAAGGAGAUACCCUUCGUUGUCGCCUCCACUUCUCUCGACAAGUCAAUAGUGGAAGGUUGGCGAGAGCAAGAGAACGCUAUGCACAGUGCCGAUAAACUAGUGAUGGACACGGAGGACCGUAAAAAUGCGCUGGAAGAAUAUGUUUACGAUAUGCGCGGCAAACUUGAUGAUCGAUAUGCAUCAUUUGUCAAGGCGGAGGAGAAGUCCAAGCUGCUCUCAGCUCUUCAAGAAUCCGAAGAUUGGCUUUACACGGAAGAGGGCGAAGAUGCCACUAAAUCUGCUUAUGUCAGUCGUCUUGAUGCCCUCAAGGUCCUUGGCGAUCCCAUCACGAUCCGUUACCGUGAAUCCGAGUCGCGACAAAGCAGUAUUGCUCAACUACGGGAAACGCUCAACUCAUACAUGGCGCAAGCAACAUCGGGAGAGGAGAAAUAUGCUCAUAUCGACGAGAAGGACAAGCAAAGUGUGGUUGAGAAAGUUGCGACGAUCCAGAAAUGGUUGGAGGACCAGAUUGUUCGACAGGCAGAAAGUCCCAAGAAUGUCGACCCCGUGCUCAAGAGCGCCGAUAUCGAGAAGAAGAGAGACGAAGUGAUCUACUUCGCAACUCCGAUUCUAACAAAGCCUAAGCCCAAGCCGCCCGUUAUUCCUGGAGGAACUCCUGGCACGCAGACACCUCAAAGUGGCAAGGACACGCCUGACCCCGCAGCCAAUUCGAGUCCCAAACCCGAACAAGAAGCAUCUGGGCCGUCUGAAAUGGACAUUGAUUAG